AUGGCUUCUCCACUGUCCGCGGCAGGCCGGCCCCCGCGCUGCCUCUCCUGCGCCUACCUGCCCUUCUCAGCGAUGCUGUGCGACAUGGACCAGGUGACAGCGGUGCGGUUCAUCCUGCGGCAGCCCUCCCCGGUCUGGCUCCACUUUACCAUUGAGGAGGUGCAGAUUUUUCCCCCUGGACAGAAGAGCCCCCAGAAGGAUUUUCCCUCCUGGCUCUCCCAGCUGAGCCCUCCGGAGCAGCCAGCCAGCCUGCACGGGGAGCUCCCCGACCCAGAGAAGGUGUCGACAGAGGUCCAGCAAAUGUGGGUGCUGACAGAGGUGAUCCGGGCGCGCCAGGCAGCUGCCCGCAUCGGGCGCUUUGACGUGGACGGCUGCUACGAUAUCAACCUGCUUUCCUACACGUGA